GUAUUGUGCCAAUUGACAAAAUUGCGAACAGAGUGAUAUUUCACUUAAGAAAUGUAUUUGAUAUUAUGAUUAUGGUGAUUGAAUGCUACAUAGGGUGGAGGCUUAGGUUAGGUUAAUUUAUUUCUGAAGCUUACUGUUUUGUGUCAAGCUUUUCAUCUAUGCUUAUCUCUUUGAUAAGCACAGCCCACAGGCUUACACACAAGCGAAGGGGCGUGAAGUUCUUGCGUUGAUGAAACGUCGGAGGGAUUCGCCAUCCAACAGCUCGGGGCCGUCGCAGUCUCUUCUUUCCGGCGAUUUUGAACGGGACAAUGAUCAGGACUGUGUAGACUGUGCUGUUCUACGAAAAGAAAAAUGCGCGAUGGACGAGGAAUGCACUGCACUGAAGCUGCGCAUAGGUAGUUUAGAAGGUCAGGUGAAGGCCCUUAAAGCUGGAAUGCUGGCAGUGGGAGAUCUCCCUCAGCUGAUGGAGAGGUUCGAGACCACGGUUGUGUGGCUAGCGGAACUGAAGGCAUCUAAGCCCAGAAGUGCGGACGCAAGGCCGGGAAUCCGGGACAGCGAGAGCAUCGAACUUGGUCCAGGGGGCACAAGGCUGUCCUUGGCCACGUAUCGGUCGAUUCCGUGGAAACACCCCAAUAAGAACAAGACCGUGAGGGAGAUAUUAGUGUCAGUUUUCGGGAUGGAGGUUCUUGCUAAGUCAUCGAUGACGGGCAAGCCAUCAAACGCGAUGUCGCUGAAUAAGCCAGCGAAGAGGCCUCUAGACAGAGUGAAGCUGGACGACGUGAUCCAUGCUUGUAAGCGUAAGCUGGGCAUGAGUACUGGCGAAGUGCAGAAGCAGGUUACAGCGGUCUGUAAUAACUGCGCCAAGGUGCGGAGCCGAGCCGGCUCUACUCGUCAGGGCGCUCUUUAAGGGUUCUUCUGAAACGCCAGUCUCGCUGCAACAGCCCCGCUAGCUGAUCCAGCCAGUGUGUGGACACUGACAUCUAGUGCCUUGAAAAUGGGGUUUACAUGACAUGAGCAUGAGCUUUAGCUUACAUGAGCUUUAUACAAAAUACAGAU